GAGGGAGAGCAAACGGAUUCGAGGGAGGACCUAAUUGUCCUAUAGCUUUGACCUAAACCCUAAAAUCGAGGGCUCUGCGGGCAGUCGGAGCACCCUCUUUGAUCAAAAGCGACUUCACAUAGCUCGUUUUUUUUAUUCUGAAAUACAAAAGGGUGAUGGAAACACAGAAGAAAGCUAGGGAACAUAGCCUACACCAUAUAGUUGAUGAUAUCGGUGGAGCAUUUGGAAUGGGAGCUAUUGGAGGUUCUGUGUUUCAUUUCUUAAAAGGGACUUACAAUUCCUCGAAAGGACGUCGUUUCGUUGGAGGAGCACAAGCUGUGAGCAUGAACGCUCCUCGUAUAGGAGGUAGUUUUGCUGUUGUUGGAGGUCUUUUCUCGGCGUUUGACUACACGAUGGUGUACAUUAGGAAGAAAGAAGAUCCAUGGAACUCGAUCAUAGCAGGUGCUGCUACAGGUGGGUUUCUGUCUAUGCGACAAGGCCUCGCUGCUGCUUCAAGUUCAGCUCUUAUGGGAGGGCUUUUACUUGCUUUGGUCAAAGGGGUUCAUUAAAUGUUUUAAACCAGUAAGCUUUCAUUGGGAGCUUUCUCUGCUCAAUCUUGGAAUCUAUAUACUCUUUUGUUUAACUCAUUCUACAGUAAUUCAUGUGUUGUUGGUAGUUAAGAACUCAAACGCCAUAAAGAGUAUAAUAAACAACUUAAUCAUUAAAGAGCAUUGAGGCAGAUAUAAUAAACACAGCCCCAAAAGGUAGAUAGAUCAUUGGUUUCUCACUUAUUUACAUACAAACCUUAACAAGGACCUUCACCAAUACAACCAUCCACUAGAAACAAAACCAAAACCAAAACCAAAACCGAAACCAAUUCCUUUUUCCCCUAAACAGGAUCUUUAGAUAACAAAGUUUUCUUGUCCCCUC